GCACGGCCGAUCCAGCGCUGCUCUAGAUCUGGGCACCCGAUCUACACGACAUACGACCCGCCUUAGAGUGUCCUUUUAGCUUCUCCGCGCACCUUACCCAUUAUGGCGCCGGUCUCCGUGCUCUUUGCCUGCACGGGCAACAUCUGCCGGUCCCCCAUGGCUGAGGCGGUCUUCGCAGAUUUGGUUAAGCGUAACGGACUCGAAUCAAGUUUCGGAAAGAUAGAUAGCUGUGGGACCAUCGGGUAUCAUGUGGGCGAAGAGGCCGACGAGCGGACCCUGGCAGUAUGUAAUCGAAAGGGGAUACCCUGCGUCUCUCGAGCGAGACGCUUGAAAGAACGUGACUUUGAAGAAUUCGAUUACAUCUUUGGCAUGGAUUCGGGACAUGUCAACCAUCUCAAGGCGCGCAAGCCACGCAAUAGCAAGGCAAAGAUUAUGCUCUUUGGUGACGUGUAAGGAUGGGGAAUCAAAGCAUACCCCUGAUCGAGCCGAAUGACAUCUUGACCCCUCCUGCCUUUCAUAACUCGGCAGAGACGAUGGGCGAGAUAUCGACGACCCUUACUAUGUAG